AUGAAAGUUCUCGUGGCAGACACCUGGAACCAGGUUGGAGGUCCAAUAGUCGAAGAUUUUCCUUUCGACAGCCACGACACCAACGCAUAUGCCAUCCUCUCCCACCGGUGGGGACCGCCAGAUGAGGAGGUUUCCUACCGCGACUUACGGAACGGUACAGCCCGGGAAAAGGCCUCCUUCAAGAAAGUCCAGUACACCUGCCGACAGGCCGUCACGCACAAUCUGAGAUAUGUAUGGAUCGACACAUGCUGCAUCGAUAAAGAAAGCAGUGCAGAGCUCCAAGAAGCCAUUAAUUCCAUGUUUGAGUGGUACCGAAAAGCACGAGUCUGCUACGCCUAUCUUGAGGAUGUGUCAAAUGACGGCAGGGGCUUGGAAAACUCCACCUGGUUUACCAGAGGCUGGACUUUGCAAGAACUCCUGGCACCGGGACAGCUACGAUUCUACUCUAGAGACUGGUCCUUUGUUGGGGACAAGCGACAUCUCCAGGGACAGCUGGCCGAGAUUACAAACAUCGACAGCGACAUCCUGACUGGUGACCGUGACUUGCGCCAGGAGAGCAUCGCUAAGCGUAUGUCGUGGGCGGCAAAACGAAAGACAUCCAGGCCAGAGGACAUGGCGUAUUCCUUGAUGGGGAUCUUCAACGUGUACAUGCCAAUGAUCUAUGGCGAAGGGGGUGCCAGGGCAUUCGUACGCCUUCAAGAGGAGAUCAUCAAGAAUUCCAACGAUGAAUCCAUCUUUGCGUGGAUUGACAAUUCCGCGUCGGCUACGGAUGAACAGUGGCGUGGCCUUCUUGCCGAGUCGCCUCUCAAUUUUGCACAGUGCAGCGAGGUAGUCCCCCGCAAUAACAGUGCCACGAGCCGCAAGCCUUACAGCUUAGGUAACGGUGGCAUACGGAUUCACCUACCAGUCGGCCAGAACCGGAUGGGCGAAAGGAUUGCCUUGCUCAACUGCUCAGCGUCCACAAACCCAAGCGACAGGAAGUUUGUAUCCAUUCUUCUUCGAAAAGUGACGGUUCAGGGACUGGAAGACGAGUUUGCUCGAAUCGGGGUCCGGACGUUCCGAGAAGCGACAUGCGACUUCAACUCGUUGCCGCCCAAAGCGAUCUAUAUCAAUCAGGACCAAGGGGCACGCCGAGACCAAGGUUUCCCAAAACUUACAUUGCAACUAGCUACAGGGCCUUCCAACGGGUCGUAUUUCGCCACCAAAGUUCUCCGUCCUCCGGGAAAGGGGCCGAGGUUGCACCCGAAGAGUCGAAGGGUCGCUAAAGUGUGGCUGCCAAAGCGCACCCACUCAUCGUUCGCACUCGGCAAGGCUGGCAGGCAGCUCUCGGGCGUUUUGGUGAUAGAGCGCGAGGGCGAGGCCAUGGCCAUCCUGUUAGGUUCUCUGGACAAUGGGGAAGUCGGGUUCCAUGUCGUUGAGUGGGCCAACGACCAUCCCGCGACGCUUGAAAGUUUGCGCCACGGCUUUCGUCCUUCGCCCGCCACAAGGCUUCACGCCGUGGGUCGUCACCUUGUGCGCUUCACCGUGACUACUUCGCAGUGGGACAACCGCAAGUGGUUCAUGGUUGGCCUGGAGAUAACACCGUACGGCAGCCACCAGGAGGCACUCACUUGCACGGAUAGCAUUGCGCAGCGGCCAGGAGGCGAGAUCGGCGCUGGAGAGCAAGCUGGUCCUGAUGAAUUCUUGCAGCCCAAGCCCCUCCUUUUUUGGUACCAUUGCGUACGUGGUAUAGAGGCUGCUUGGGAACAGACCCAAAAAGGCUGGCACGACAUCUGGAAUAGGUAG